ACUUCUCUUCUUUCGGCCACGCUUCCCCGAGGCUCCAACCAACCGAAACGGCAACUACAAUGGGAGUAGAGUAGUCUCCCUAUGACAUCGCCAACCUCAUCUCAUUCUCCUGGAAUUCGCGCUUCCAUCAUCCCAACCUCCAUCUGUCUGCAAACGAAUUUCACAGAGAAGCUGGAUUUUAGUGUAUCGGACUCGAGGAGAUGGCGGAUUCCAGGGGCGGCGGCGGACGAGUUUCCUCCGAAACCGCGAUCCCCUCCGGUUUGAACCGUAUUAAGACCAGGCGUUUGGAUCCAAUGGACCGGCCCAGUUCGAGAGCGUCGGCGGAGUCUAACAACUCUCCAAGCUGUGGAGCUUCCAGACCUCAUCUGAAGCAGAAUCAGAGGGCGGCUGCUGGCAGAGCACCCGGAGAAGGAUGCUGUGAAGGAAGAGAGUUAGCUGGUUGGCAUGUAAGAGUUCAAGAGGGGUACAGGAAAUUGAGUGGCAUUGACAAGGAUGGCUGUGGUAGGAAUGUGAAUGAAAUGAAGCAGAAUUCAGAUGUACUGGAAUCUUCAGUAGGAGGAACAUGGAGUAACUCAUCAAAAGGGUUCAAAAGCUUUUCACAUGAACUAGGGCCAAAAUGUGGAAUUCAAUCUGUGCAUCCUCGGGCUCACAGCUAUAAUGAUAUGAAGGAAUUGUUGGGAUCAUUGCAUUCAAGGUUUGAUGCUGCAAAAGAAGUAGUCAAUACAGAAUUAGGACACUUUUCACAGGAGGUGGUAGAAAUCUUGCAACAGAACGAUCCACUACCCCCGGAUGAAAAAGGAACUGCUGAGGGACUUCUAGUUCUUUCUCAAGAAUGUAUUCAGAUGACAUGCUUAGUAUUUCGUAGUAAGUGUGAAGCAAUCGUCCAAGAUUUGACUAUCAAAAGACAACAAUGUGAGACAGGAUUACUGAAGUGGCUUCUAACGCGCAUGCUUUUUAUUUUGACACGGUGUACCAGAUUGCUGCAAUUUGUGAAGGAUAGUGAACCAGUCCAUGAGACAUCUCUGACUAAGUUUAGAGAAUGUCUAAAUAGGGUUCCUUUUGUUAAAAGGAACUGGGCUGUGGAUGGAAGGAUUGCUGAUGUAAGUAAAGACAUUACUCUGGAUGCCAAUACAGAUGGUAAAUGCAAAGUUCUUGGAGUUAACCACUCAUGUGUUCUCUCUCCAAAAAAUUAUCCUGGGUCCAAAGUGCUUGCUCAUGAGAACGGAACAACUUUGGAAAGAGAUUUUAUGGAUUCUCAACGAACUUCACCAUCCCAUGAUUGUGAAUUUGAACAAUUAGAUCAAUCUGGUGGAAGAAUCCUUGGUGAACAUAUGAACAAAUACACUCGUGGUUUUUGUCAGGAGCAACUCCCGGGGUCUGAUGAUCCUAAUUUUGUUAUGUGUCGAAUAUGCGAGGACCUAGUUCCCACCAUUCAUUUGGAGCCCCAUUCUUAUAUCUGUGCGUAUGCAGAGAAAUGUGAAUCAAAGUUUCUCGAUUUAGAUGAACGUCUUCUGAAGUUGGCGGAGUUGCUGGAACAGCUCUUGGAGUCACGUAAUUCAAGCAUUCACACAUUGCCUGAAUGGACAGAAAAUCCUAAGUUGCAGACUGCAUAUUUCACUACCCCUUCGGAAGGCUGUUCACCAAAGAUAAGGGAAUGGCGAAGCAAAGGCGUGGAUGGAAUGUUUGAGGAUCUUCAUGAAAUGGAUACUGCAGAAAUAGAAGAUUCUCCACUCUCGACAUUUCUCAAUAUGAAGGCACACUUGUGUUCAAAGCUCAACAAUUGUGGUCCGCCAUCAUCAACUGGGAGUAUCACUUCAACAUCCUCUACUAAUACUCCCCACACAGUAAAUUUUGACUUUUUUUGGCUAGACAAUAACAAUCUGUCAGACCUGGAAGAUACUCAACAGAUUGUUGACCUUUCAGAUCUUGCACGGAGGGCGGCAAGCACUGAUCUGUCAGAAGAAGGAUCCCAUGAGUUUUUAAUUGCGUGCAUGCAAGAUCUACAGGAUAUGUUGCGAUGCAGUAAGUUAAAAGCUUUAGUGGUAGAUACAUUUGGGGGGAGAAUAGAGCAUUUAUUGAGGGAGAAGUACUUACUUGCUUUUGAUCUAGUGGGAAGGAAGAACGACGUUGGACAUUCAGAGAAUAUCAAUAUACCACCGCGUGAUACCUCUUUGAAUAAUGUUAAUUCUAUUCCUUUGCAUUCCUUGCACAGAGAGCGGACAAGCAUUGAUGACUUUGAGAUUAUCAAACCAAUCAGUAGAGGUGCCUUUGGCAGAGUCUUUCUGACUCGAAAGCGGACAACAGGGGAUUUAUUUGCAAUUAAGGUGCUCAAGAAAAUGGAUUUGUUGAGGAAGAAUGAUAUUGAGCGUAUACUUGCCGAGCGUAACAUAUUAAUAACUGUCAGAAAUCCAUUUGUGGUUCGGUUUUUCUAUUCUUUCACCAGCAAAGACUACCUUUAUUUGGUUAUGGAAUAUCUUAAUGGUGGAGAUCUAUACUCACUACUCAGAAAAGUUCGCUGCCUUGAGGAAGAUGUUGCUCGUGUUUAUAUUGCAGAGCUGGUUCUUGCUCUGGAUUAUCUUCAUUCUUUAGGAAUAGUUCAUCGCGAUCUCAAGCCAGACAACAUACUAAUUGCACAAGAUGGGCACAUCAAGCUUACAGAUUUCGGUUUGUCAAAGAUUGGCCUUAUGAAUAGCACAGAUGAUUUAUCAGGACAUAAUAUGAAUGAAGUGCCAUCAUCAGUUUCCAAUAGCCAACUCAAUCAAGAUACAUUAGAGAAAACUCAGCGGUCAGCUGUUGGUACUCCAGACUAUUUAGCGCCUGAAAUCCUUCUUGGAACGGAACAUGGCAUCGCAGCAGAUUGGUGGUCCGUAGGAAUCAUUUUAUUUGAACUCAUCACCGGAGUUCCACCUUUUACUGCCGAGCACCCAGAGAUUAUCUUUGACAAUAUCCUUAACAAGGAAAUCCCUUGGCCGUCUGUUCCUGACGAGAUGUCCUUUGAGGCCCAAGACUUGAUUGAUAGACUUCUUGUUCAUGAUCCAAGUCAGCGACUUGGAGCAAAUGAUACAUCAGAGGUGAAAGAACAUUUGUUCUUCAAGGGGGUUGAUUGGGACAAUUUAGCCUUGCAAAAUGCUGCAUUUGUGCCCCAAACUGACAGUAUAGAUGACACUAGCUACUUUGUGUCACGGUAUGAUUCAGAUGGAGCCGAAGAUGAUGAGGAUCGUGAUGAUUCCACUUCUGUCUUCUCUGAGCCAUUUUCUAACUCCUCAAGCAUUGAGAUGGAUGAAUGUGGUGAUCUUGCUGAGUUUGAUGCUACUCCUUUUGAUCUGUCCCUGAUGAAUUUUUCUUUCAAGAAUCUGUCACAGUUGGCAUCUAUCAACCAUGAAAUGGCAGUGCAAAAUGGAAAGGACUCAACAAGUUCAUAGCCAACAUACAGAGGGGUACGUACCAAAGGAGAUGAAAUGUAUAGACAAAAAAAGAAGAAAAGAAAUACCCAAUAGGCCGAUAUAGCUAGGCAGAAGAUAGUGGCGAUUGGUUUCAUAGAUGGAUUAAAAGAAAAAGAUAGUAAAUGGAAGAGAACAAAUCAGCUUGUACAGUUUUGACAUGUAAGAUCAUAGGGUUGAAUGUUGUGCAUUAUGUACUGUCCUUUUUGUUGAUGCCUUCUGCGAUUUUAAUGACUCGUUGCUUAGCUCUAUUGUCCAAACAUUGCUUUUAUCGAAGCUAAUAAAUUUUGCUUGGUGUU